CCGGAUGUAGAUCGCCCUCCUCUCCGUCCCGUUCUGAGUCCCUGCGCGCGCCGUAGUCAGCUGACCUAGCCCGGAAGCGCCCGGAGCCCGGCUCCGGACUCAGCAGUCCCGGCCGGCGGCAGAGAGGGGGCGGGCCGCGGCGCAGCGAUGGCUCCGGACCCCUGGUUGUCGAUGUACGAUUCCACCUGUCACAUUGCGCAAGAGAUUGCUGAAAAAAUUCAGGAACGUAACCGAUGUCAAAGAAAUGGUGAAAAUUCAACGAAGCUUAAUGUGACAAUCCGAUCAUUGUUGCAGAAUCUCAAGGUAAAGAUCGACCAGCUGAAGGACUUAUUGCUUCGAGCUAUAUCAACACGUCAGAUAACACAACUGGAGGGAGACAGAAGGCAAAACUUAGUGGAUGACCUUCUCACACGACAGAGACAACUUCAAGCAUCCUAUAAGAAUGAUGGCACAGAACCAGAUGUGAUAAGAUCUAGCCUAAUGACUGGAGGGGUGAAACGAGGUGUGACCAACCCAUGGCUCCUGGAAGAGACGGAGGAAACCAGCGGGCUUGGCUUUGAUGAGAUCAGACAGCAGCAGCAGAGGAUCAUACAAGAGCAAGAUGCUGGGCUUGAUGCUCUCUCCUCAGUCUUAUCGAGGCAAAAACAAAUGGGGCAGGAAAUCGGGAAUGAGCUGGAGGAACAGAAUGAUAAUUCAUCCUACUUUGCUGAAACUCUGAUAACAGCUAAGAAUGAAGCAUGAAAGCCCUGCUCUGGACCGGCCGUUGGGCUUACACCCGAUGCACAAUGAAAAUUCCUCCUUUUUUAUUUUUAAAAAUUAAAUGUUUUGCAUACUAAACAUGAACUCUGGUUUGGAGAAGGUGGAUGGCUAUGUCUCUGCCCUUACUGCUGUGAAAUCACCCCUUUGAUGGUAGUCCAACAUUAUCCCUGGGCAACUAGGACAACAGAUGGAAUCUGAAGAUGGUACUGCUCCAGUGAUAAAAAAGUAAAACUUAAUGAAGAAGGAGCACCGCCUCGGAGAGAAGCAAUAAAGCCAGCAUCAACACAUAUUCCAUUUUCUCUCCUUCAGUUUUACAUUCUGUGUAAUACACUUUUGGUAAUCCUAGAACUGUAGCAUACCAUCGUUCAUUUUUUCCAAUCCUUUUAAAAAUCUACUUCUAAACCAAGUGCUCUUAAUUGUUUAAAAAUUCUCAUUUGUAGAAACCGUGGUGGCAAUUAACGGUAUUUCCGUAACUUCUAAAGUACGUUUUUAACAUGCGCAUGCAGAAUAUGGGAGUUCCUACAUAAAUUCUGGUCAGAUGGGAAUAGUUGCUAUGGUUAAUACUUUUGGACAUGUAAGCCCCUGCUUUUUUGGUCAGAUCUUCUUUAAUUUGAGUAGAAAUAACUUUAUGAAUUAUACAUCCCAUAUGGAUUGGACAUCUCAGAAACUGCAAUACUUGAACUGUCUUCUGCUUGCAUGUGUUUUAUGUCUUCUGCAAGGCUGUUCAGAAACUGGAAAAGCUACUGUUUUAUUUGAAAGUUCUUGCAUGUAAGAGGGGCAAUACCGGUUAUCUUAAAGCAAAACCUGUUGACUGUAAUUUUUCCUUGGGGACAAAAUGGUAUUAGCCCUGUAAUCAAUGGCGUAAAUCUCUUUGCAAUGGAACAAAUGGUCUCUUCAGAUCUAGGCAAGAUUUGAGAAAUUAGACUCCUUGCAAGGUGCUUGAGAAACUUCUACAGCAGCUCCCAAGUGGAUAGGCCUUUGUCCUCAAGGAAGAAGCCUGCCUCUGAGGGUUAUCCAUCAACAUGCUGCUAACAUCACUCUCUGCUGCUAUAAGUCAAAAAGAAAACUUCACAGCUGUGUUUUAAUGAGUCGUCGGCUUUUUCUAGCGGUCCUUUCAUUAGUGAUGUAUCGUUAGGCAGACCAACGGCACGCAACUUCAGUGUAGAUUUGUUGCCCACUGAAUCGUUACAUAUGUCUUGGCUUUUGAGUAAAUUCGUUUCAUAUCUAUUACAGGAAUAUAGUGAUAGUGUGAAGACUUGGGAAGAUAGUGAGGUAAAGUAAAGAAACUUUUAUAGCUAUUCAGAGUUUCCUUCUGAUAUUGGCACAUUUCAAAUCGUACUUCUGACUGUGUGUUAAAGGGGGAACAAAAAUGUGAAGUUAGGGCUAGUUCCGUCCUUUUUCUUUAUUUUUUUAUAUCCAUUAUUUAAAGUCCUACUUUAUUGAAUGAAAUGAAUGAAAACUCAGACAUAUAUGUCUGUGCAAGUUCUGCCAUAGAGUACAUUACAAAUACCAUAGAGUGCAGGGCAACAAGCCAAUGGAAAAGGAAGAGAAACUUUUCAGAUAGUGACCCUCCCUUACCUGAUUAACUGGUGUGAACACAAUUAUGUAAAUGUUCAUGGUUAGACUCCAGUGUUUACUACUGGAUAAACACUGUACUCACAGAGUUAAUGCUUUCUCUUUAAACACAAUUGUGUGGAAAAAUUACGCAGUAGCAUUGCACCUGAAGUCAGUGAUUUGAAGAUCUCACUGCAUGUUGAGAAACCUUUUGGUCUUUUUCUUUUUUCAUAGUGAGAAGAGCAUUUGGCUUUCACCUUGAGUAUAUAGAUAAGAUAUUUACGGAACAUAGAAAAAAUAUUUACAAGACAAUGGGCCAGAUUCUCCUAUUGACUUGUAACCCAUGCCACCCAAUUGCAAUCAGUGUUGUUGCAUGGGAUAUAUGCUAGUGGCAAAAAUAGUUCAGUAAGUUUUGUAAACUGCAGUCAAUUUGCCUUUCUGAUUGCAGAGUCCAUGGGUUACAGUUAGUUAACUCUGCUAACUGGAGGUCUGUUCUACACAUACACACAGGCUUUAAGUCAAUAAAGAAAGGGAUGCAAAACUUUUGUUGGGAAUGAGGGGGAGAAACAAGUGACCUGGCUUUAUAUUCAAAUGCUUCCAAUUAUGGGGACUGUUAUCUCAUCCCAGAUAGCUGCAAAAGGAAACUCAAAAUACUACUUUGUGUAAAUAUAGUUAUUGCCUGCCUUAUAUCACUGAGAGUUCUCAACACAUCUGGAUUGAAAGUAGUUCCAGUAACAUUAAAGCAUACUAUUUUGGUUGGCACACUGAGAUUAUGGUACAUGCCAAUUAGUAAUGGCUCUUGGAAACAGGCUGCUUUAAAACUCUCCCUGAACUAUUCCCUUGAGAAAUUAUUCAAUUAAGUACAACUAAAAUUAAUGCUCAUGGUUUUUGUUCGAAUAAAACAAAAUAAGCAGCUGGGAAGGGAAACUUUUGGUGUGUGUUCUAAAAUAACAGUUGUAGUUAAUAAUUGUGUAUCCUGGAUUCAGUGUUACCGUUUGUUUUCUUGGGAUCAUUGUUUGAUUCUGAAUAAUCUGAUGAUCGUUUACAGCUGAUGGCUUGGGACAGUUCUUUUCCAUUGUCUAGGAUGAUUUGCAAAUGUAUUAAUUAACUUCAGACAUAGUAUUUGGAGAUGAUAUAAAUAAAAGAUCCAUUUUGCUUGGAUGUUUAGCAAAAUUUGACUUGGCUAUAUAUCCAUCCCUUGUGAACUAUUUUGGGUCGAAACGAAUGAUAGGGUCUAUUUAGCUGUGUUUGUUUAGUACCAUGUGACAGGUGCGAGGGAUAUGGCAGUCCUGGAGACAUUCCAUCGAUACACAUAGCAGAUGAUAAAGUACUCAAUAGUGGAGCAAAUAUUUUUCUCUGGUCUCCACUAGUAGGAACAACAUAUAUGUUGUCCUAAAGUACACCAAGCUUACACAGAUCCAUCACAUCAGAUCAUGGUGGCAUCAGGCAGUGGUACUCACCCUCUUCAGGGUGGCCUGGAGACCAAACAUUUCAAAAGAACAAGGGUCCACAGUCAAUACUUGAGGGGUAGAUUGCUCUGCUUUGCUCUACUGCUCUUGUGCCUCUCGUGGGGUAUGACAGGAGAAGUAACAACCCAUAAUUGCUCCAGUGGGAAUUCACUUUGUAUAGAAGAGUCCCUGGAGGGUUCAGGAACAGUCACAGCUGGCUCCUACCCUUCCCUGCUUGCAAUCCUUGGUGCAGGGGGCAUACUGAGGAGGGAGGGAAACAUUGUACUCUGUCUGGAGCUGAUGUGUGGUCCCUAGGUAUCUGGAUGCAAUUUAGAGUAACCCCUGGGCUGGGGCAGGGAAUUGGGGUUGUUAUCUAGCUGUGAGGGGAAGAGGAGCCAUCUUUUACUAGGUGCUUCCCUAAGCAAAGCCAGUCAAGCUCCUGUUUGUAGUCACUGGGGCAUGGACGGUCGCGCCUAAUGGUCAGAGCGGAGGAUCAGAGGCCAGGAAUCAAAGCUAGAAUCCGAACCGGAGCUGGGGUCAGGAAUCCAUCCAAAUGUUGAGCUGGAAUCAGUGUUGAGUCAUGAGAGGAUCAGGAGGGGAGUCAGUCACAUACAGACGUGCCUAGGGUCAAGCCAGGGUCAGGAACCAGGGAACAGUGCCAGGGUCAAGCUGGAGUCAGUCACAUACAGUAGCAGUAGCAAAGAUCAAACCAGAGUUGGAACAAUGGCAAAGUCAAACCAGUUAGGAAUUAAGGUUCGGUACAACAGCAGAUCAGGAGUCCACUCAGCUGCUUCCUGUGCCGCCUCUUGGCUUAGGUAGUGUGUCUGGGUUAAUUGGUGGGGCUGGAUGUCUGCUUAAAUCAGGAUCUUCAUCGGUGGAGACUCUGGUGGGCCAGAGUCCUGCUAGCCCCCUUCCCCUUGUAGUUCCAGAGAGCUGUUGGGUGACGGGUGGUCUGGGCACCACUUGGAAAUGCAUGGGCCUGGGUUCAAGACCUGCAAUUCCUCACACUGUCCUGCUCUGCCUGGGAAUAGGUAAUGCAGCAGCCAGAGCUACCAUCCUCCCUACCCCAUGAUGCAGUGGGGGAGCAGCUUAGCGAUUACAACAGUGGAGGAACAGCAGGUUCUCAGAGCACACCCUGCUCACGCCAGAGAUGCUGGGAAAGCAGUUGGGGCGGUGGCAUGUAGCAGGAGAGCUGAUUCAAACACUUAAGUUUAUAAAUCAGUGUCUGGAACAUCUUUAGUGCAUAAACAAACAUACAUUUUCUUUUGAACACCGCAACCUUCAAGGGCCAUUGGUCAAACACCCCCUGUAUUAGGAGGGGCUCAAAGAACUGUGACAAAAACAGGACAAAAUUUCCAAGAGGAGCAUUUGAUUGGUUCCUCUGCAAAUGUUAGUAAAUAUUUUCCUUAAAAAAACAAAAAACAAACAAACAAAAAAAAACCCACCCCUGGAAAAUUCAGUUCUCCAUAAAGUGGCCGCUGUGCCAAAGUGGAGAUCAAAUUGGAUCAAUAGAGUGUGAAUCAGUCCUUUGAGUCCUGCUUCCAGUGCAAAACUUAACAGAGUCAUAAUAAUGGAGUCCCUACUGAUGCCUCUGUAAUAAUAGUUGUAUUAAGCAAGGCAAAGUUGAAGUCAAUAGAAACACUAACGUACUUUGAAUUUUAAGUUUUGGGGGUAAAUUGAGAAAAAGCACCCAUUUCUACUGAGGCAUUGCCCGUGGCACAUCACAUCACACAAACGUGAGAUCCUUGCAAAAACUGGGCACAUUAGCUGAGUUGGAGAUAGAUUGAGAAGCUUGGCUCUGAAUUUCCUUCCUGUAUUUUUCGCCUUUCACUCCGUAUUGAUGUUACAGCUGGCAUAUGGUACUUUAGGUUUCUGAUGUACUUACGUUAGUUGCAAUCUUCAUAUCACUGCCAUUGAACAAUGCUUUCUUUCUUAUUAACGUGUAAUUGUGAGGUUUGGAUGUGUACAGAAUGGCAUUCAAAGUGUAAUUCAUUUUCUUGGCAUCUUGUUCUUCUCUUGAGGCCCCACGGACCUGGAGAGGGGGAAUAUACAGAUUGGUUGGCUGCCAACCUAGAUUCUUGUCUUAUUGUUUUUUUUGUUUUUUUGGGGGGGCGGGGGUUGCGAAGCAUAAAGUAUUAUGUAUUUUAAUUUUCAAUAUAUUUUUCGUAAGGCUAACUCCAAUGUCCAUAUAAAAUUGCAUAUUCUAUGACUCGCGCAUUGGGAUAUACUGUAGAGAUACAUUACGCGUGUUCUUUUAAAUUGAAGAAUAAAUCAUUUUGUAAAGAUCUUUUUUGUGUGUGUGCUCGCCUGUACUGUUUUUCAUGUGGCAGUUUCUUCUUGGCUUUCUUUACUCAAAGGGCAGAAAGAGUGAGAUUCAAGACAUAGUUGCCAAAACCAAAUGAGUCUUUUAUGUGUUUUAAAUAAAUCAGAAAAUCGUUUAGUGUAAAGCUUGGUAUGAAAGUGGGAACUCGGGCUGCAGAGGGCCUGUUUUCUGUAGAAAUUCACUCUUCCCUGGGACUCCAUAUGUGGUUAAGGAGAAUGAUAACAAACUCCAAGCCUAUGGGGCAGGGGCACACCUGAAUAUGACAUGGGCAGAAACUCU